AUGGCAUGCGAAGCACACUUUCUGUCCACAUACCAGCGUGACGAGUCUGGAAGAUUUAUCGUGAGCUUGCCGUUCAACGAAAAUUCUUCGCAGCUGGACGAUUGCCGUGCUUUAGCUCUGAAGAGGUUCCUGAUGCUGGAGAAACGACUGAUGAACAAUCCCGAACUACAAGCGCAGUACGUAGAGUUCGUUCGAGAGUACGAGGUUCUCGGACAGUGCCGUGAAAUCAAUGAAGCUGAUGAUCCUCCCAACCAGCAGAGGUAUUAUCUUCCACAUCACGCUUCGUCAUCUGAUAAGCUGUCUUUAAACGAAGUCCUGCAAGUCGGUCAUGUGGUGCAGAAUGAUCUGCAUUUCAUCGUCCUACGCUUCCGAAAGUUCAAGAUCGCCUUUUCUAGAGACGUUGCCAAGAUGUACCGGCAGAAGCUACGGGUUCUGGAACUGUGUACCGUUACCUACGGUACAGCAUCCGCUCCAUACCUCGCAACAACGUGCCUGAUACAGCUCGUCGAGGAAGAAGGUGAGUUUUUUCCUAUCGCCUCUCGCAUUGUAAUGGAGGAGACGUACAUGGACGAUGUACUGUCCGGCGCAGACUCGGUGGAAGAUGCAAUCGAAGCUCAACAACAAUUGAAGCAGCUCCUAGGAUACCAGGAGAAAAGGGUACCGUUAGAAGAACGUGGUGUAAACGAAGCUAUCAAGGUCCUUGGGUUGCUCUGGGAUCCGAAUGCCGAUACGCUGUAUAUUGCAAACCAUCCGAAGCAACCGCCGCCAUUACAACAACGUGUUACUAAGAGGGUAAUGUAUUCGGAGAUAUCCAAAUUCUUCGACCCUCUUGGGUUGGUCUCUCCAGUCAUCGUAUUGGCAAAACUAAUGGCUCAACGAUUGUGGCAGCUCAAGGUAGGGUGGGACGAUCCGAUUGAUGAAGACACGGCGCAAGAGUGGCAAGAACUUCAAGCUUCGUUGUCGCAUUUGCACAACAUCGCCAUCCCAAGAUGCGUGACAUUCCAAGGAGUGGUCGCGUUUGAAUUGCACGGGUUCUCCGAUGCCUCAACAGUAGCGUACGGGGCCUGCAUCUACCUACGAAGCCUGUUCAACGAUGGUUCAGCGAAGCUCCGCCUACUGACAAGCAAAUCCAAGUUGGCCCCUCUUCACGAUCUUUCCAUCCCACGGAAAGAACUUUGCGCUGCUGACACGAUUAAUUCUGAAGGUGGAUUCCGGUGGGAGUACGUUAGAUCGCUGCAGAACUCGGCCGACACGGUCUCGCGCGGCCAACUACCUGCAGCCUUGGAGAACAACAGCCUUUGGUGGAAUGGCCCUGAGUUCCUCCAGAGAGUGAAAUACGACAUCGAUCCACCCGAAGAAGUACCAGAUCCGUUGCUGCCAGAGCUGAAACCAGUCAUCGUCACUGCAGCUGUGAGUAUGAAACCUUUCCCAUUUUUCUCUAGAUACAACAGCUUCCGCAAAAUCCAACGGAUAAUGGGCUACGUCUUGCGAUUCGUUGGUAACUGCCUUAUGAAGAACCCUGCCGAGCGGAAGACAAACCAUCACCUGACGAUACCGGAACUGCGACAGGCCACCGAAGCUAUAAUCCACGUGGUUCAGUUCGUUCAUUUGGCGGACGAGAUUCAACGAGUUGUUGCCCACGAACCCUGCAAGAAGUUGGCAAACCUGCGUCCUAUCUAUACCGAUGGUCUACUUCGUGUGGGCGGUCGACUCGAUCGCUCACAACUACCGUUCGAGAGCCGUCAUCCCAUCAUCUUACCAGACAAGGACCCGGUGGUACGCCUUUUGAUUCGGCAGAUGCACGUCGAACAGCUUCACGUCGGGCAGUCUGGCCUGAUGAACGCCAUGAGACAACGAUAUUGGGUUCUGAACGCUCGCUCCAUCAUCCGGCAAAUUACACACCGUCCACCUAGAAGCGGUAUCCGAAGAAGCACCGAUGCCUUUCUGGCGUCCCUGAAGCGAUUUCUUGGACGACGAGGAAUGAUCCAACAGUUGCACUCGGAUAAUGCAACCAAUUUCCGAGGUGCCAACAAUGAACUGAUCGCCUUGUUCCAACAGUUCCGGGAUCAGCAAGCCGUUAACACCAUCGAGAAAUUCUGCCGCAACCGUGAGAUCGAGUGA